GCUGAGGAGCACUAGCAGAGAAGGGAGAAGUUCUGCAGUUAGAGCCUAAUCAACAAGUAACUCGCGCUUUAUUCCCAGAGGAAACGGUCCAGUGCUGAAAGCAGAGAAGACGGACUUAACCGGGCUCUGAGGGCAGAGGGGGAGCCGCUGGGAGAGGCCCGUCGCAGCCAGGCUGAGCUGACUUCCACCCCAGAGGAGGAGUUGCAGUGGCCGGCCUGGGCAGGUCCCAGGGCUGGCAGGGCUGGCCCUUCUGCUUCUCCACCUCCACCUCCGCUCCUUCCUCCUUUCUUACUCCUCCUCCUCCUCUGUUCUUCCUCCCAUUAUCUAAACUGCUGUGCAGUGAUAAACUUGGAGGCAGUGAACAGCACAGGAAUGCGUAGAAAAUCCCUCCACUUGAACUUUUCUGUCUCCUGCAAGGGGAAACUCCGGAGGUUGAUCCUCCCAUAAGAGGACUCGUGCUGCAGUGCAGUCUCUCGUUUUUGUGCUCUCACUGGUUGAGUGUACUAAAGGACCGAGGGGAGUCUUAGACACCGUUUUUGCUUUUGUGAACCGGAACGCUGGCUUCGUUUUCAGUAGCACGGUGCAAAGACCAGCUGCACUCACCCAGGAUGAGCCGCUGGUUGAAAUGCACCUCCAUGCACUUUAACACGGACUGGAACAAGUACGAUGACCGGCUGAUGAGAGCAGUGGAGCGUAACGAAGUGGACAAGGUGACUGCUGUUCUCAGCAAGAAGGGCAUCAUCCCCACCAAGCUGGACGUGGAGGGACGCUCUGCGUUUCACUUGGCGGCGACGCGAGGCCACCUCGACUGUCUGGGUCUGAUCCUGGGACACAGUGUGGAUGUCACAGCGGCUGAUGCCACUGGUAAAAACGUUCUUCACCUGGCGUCGAGAAACGGACAUUCUCAGUGUGUGCAGAAACUUUUGCAGCACAACUGUCCGGUUGGAAACGUGGACCUACAGGGACGCACUGCUCUGCAUGAUGCUGUGAUGGCAGGCUGCUCCUCCAGCGUGAAACUGCUCUGUGACAGUGGGGCCUCUGUGAAUGCAGCCGACUUUGACGGCAGGACUCCCCUGAUGCUGGCAACCCAGAUGUGUCAUCCUCACAUCUGCCAGCUGCUCCUGGAGCGAGGGGCCGACAUCUCCAUCCGGGACAAACUAAACAAGUCGGCGCUGAUCUUGGGCUGUGAGUUCAGCUGUAAAGAUGCCGUGGAGGUUUUGCUGAAAAGCAGCGCUGAUGUGAAAGUGGUGGACAGUUUGGGUCAUGAUGCAUUUCACUACGCUCGCCUCAGCAAGAACCAGGAGCUGGUAGCAAUGGUCAAAAGUUACCUGGACAAAGCCAACAGAGAAAAAGAGGCUGCAAGGAUCGAGCAGUGGAAGCGGCAGCAUUCAGUGGAGCUAGAGGCAGCUGAGGCCAACAGAAAAGAGCAGCUCAUUCAUGACCUGGAGAGGCAGAAUGAAACCUUGCAGGAAAAUCUGAGGAAGUACCACCAGGACCAGAGAGCCCUGUUAGACAAGGUCAAUGUGCUUCAGCAGCAACUCUCACAGGAAAAAACAGCUGCGCAAGACUCUCAGAAAGAGAAGGAUCAGCUGAAGGCCCUGCUCACCUCAAAGGAGAGAGAGGAAGGAACACGAGGGCCGGAGACCGUCAAGGUCCAGCUCCGCAGCACUUUGGGCGACUACUCUGGGCAGAGUGUGAUCAAAGGUAAAGAAAGCAUCUUGGUGAAACAAGCUCACAGCCUGGACUGUGAUCAGAUGCUCCAGAAUCCUGCUCUGUCCCGUUCACUGUCCAGACCCCUGGACAAGAGUCCAGCUACACGCUGGGAUGUGUCUGGUGAAUUGGAAGCACUCAGACACGAGCUUGAGGCAGUGAAGAGACAACAGCAGUCAGGAGAGGAGGAAAUUGCACGUCUUCAGUCCGCUUUGAACCGCAAAAGCCGAGAGUGUCAGGAACUGGUUCAGAGUCGAGACGCCAUCCAAAAGCAGGCGGACCAGCAGGUUCAGGAACUGGAAGAUGCCUUGGGGGACGUCCAGAAGAGAAUGCUGGACUCUGAAUGUAAGGUGAAGCAGCUACAAGCCCAUGUAGUUGCAGUAAAAGAACACUUAGGAGGUCAAGCCACAGAAGAACUCCGUGCCCAGCUCCAGGACGUCAAGGCCAAGUAUGAGGGCGCCUCGAACGAAGUGGGCCGCGUUAGAAACCGCCUCAAACAGAGCGAGAAGGCCUUGGAGGAGUACAAGUCCAGCGAAAGCCAGCUGGCGUCUGAGACAGAGAGGCUGAACCAGGAGCUGGGAGCUGUGACUGCAGAACGAGAUGAACUUGCAGAAACUCUCGUAGAAAUGGACAAUCGGCUGAAGGAGCUCCAGGCUAAACAUAGCGACAAGGUACCAGCUGAAAAGUUUGACAACAUGAAAAACCUGCUGACCAACGCAGUGGACGAGAAGGAGCGUCAGCUCGCGGAGCUCAGAGACGAUUACGAUCGUGUGCUGGAGGAGGUGGCAGAGCUCCACCAGAGGCUGGAUGGCCCGUCAGGAGCAACGGCGGCUGAAGAGCAGCACAGAAUACAGGCAGCUCUGGAGGAGCAGAAUGCCUCGCUGAAAAGGAAACUGAUGGAUGUCACCACCAAAAGCCAGGCGCUUAUCAACGAGGUCAGGGAGAGUGAGGAGGAAAGAGAUGCACUACGAGACCAGCUGGACAAGCUCAAAAGCAGCGUGGAGACAGACUUCAUGCCCAGAAAGGACCACGAGGAAACACGGAGGAACAUGGUCAUUGCAGUAGAGGAGCUGGAGGACAAACUGGUGGAAGCCAGCGAACGUUACGGAAAAGCAGAGGCACAAGUUCAGCAGCUUCAAAUGGAGAGAGCCACGAUGCAGCAGACGAUCAGCAGCCUCACUGCUGCCACUGAAGGACACAAGAGGGAAAUGGAGGCAAUGAUGUCUCAGAACACUCAUAUGACCAGUACACUGGAGCUGCUGCAGAGGAAAUGUGAAGACAGAGAGAGAGAGUUUGCACAGCUGAGCGCACAAAGCCAGACUCUGAAACAGAGCUUGGAUGCAGAGUACGUUCCCAGAAAGCAGCAUGAGCAAGUGAAGCUGGAGCUGAGUUCCGCCUUAGAGACGCUCCAAGCCGAGAUGCUGAAGAUGGAGAAGAAGGAGAAGCAAAGUGGGGAGGAAGUGAAGAAUGUGAAAGAAGGAAAUGAGAAGUUGAAAAAAGAGUUGGAAAAUGUGCUGUUGGAGAUGAAGAGAGAUUACAUGAGCAUAAAAGACCAUGAAGCUGUUAGAGACAAAUGUAAUGCUGCUGUUCUAGAGGCACAGAACAGAGCAAAGGAGGAGUCGACCAAGUAUCAGCUGGCGCAGGAGGAAACCGUGAAGCUAACGCAGGAACUGGAAGCUCAGCGGAAAGAGCUGGACACUAUCCAGGAGGCCAUUCAGUCCAGGUUCAUCCCUCUGACGGCAGCGAAGCAGAAAGAACAAGCCCACACUGAGCAGGUGAAGGAGCUGACGGCCAAGCUCCUGGACAUGGAGGACAAGUAUAACACAGAACGCUCCGUCGCUGAAGGCAGCAAACUGGAGCGAGACCAGUUAAAGCGCAACCUCGAGUCCCUUCAGCAAAGACUGGACACCACGGGCGAAAAGCACCACGAAGUGAAGGAAGAGUUCGAGGCACUGGGCCAAAGGUUGGCGGAGGUUACGCUGCAGAAGGUCCAGCUUCAGGAGCAGAACGCCCUCUCCUGCAACCAGCUCCAAAGCCUCCAGGAGCGUCUGAAGUCGGAGCUGACGCGCAUCGCCACGUACGACGCCGAGCUUCAGGCCCUGCAUGACGCCCUGCAGCAGGCGCAGGCCGACUGCAAGAAGGCCAGGGAGGCGCAGCAGGAGGAGGCCCAGAGAGGCGCCGCCCUGCACAAGGAGCUCCAGCUCCAGCGCCAGCAGCAGCUCCACACGGAGGAGGCCCUGGAGGCCGAGCUGGCCCGGCUCCACAUGCAGCUGCGGCGGGAGGAGGAGAGCAGCGCGCAGAGGGCCGAAGACGUGUCGGCCCUGCACUCUGAGCUCCUCCAGGCCACGCAGGCCCUCCAGGACACCCGCUACAACCAAGACCAAAUGAACCAGCUGACCAAGGACAAGCAGCAGCUGCAGGAGGCGGCCGCCAGCCUGAGCAGCCAGCUGCUGAGCCUAACGGACGCGUGCCAAGCGGCGCAGCAGCAGGCGGCGCAGGCCAGGGACGGCGAGAGGAGGGCCCGGGGGGAGGUGGAGGCGGCGCAGGAGAAGGGCCGCGGCAUCGAGAGGGAGGUCCGAGAGCUGAAGGAGCGAUACGAGCAGUCGCUCAGCACCAUCUGUGACCUCCAGAGGAGGAUUCAGACGUCAGCGCAGCAAACCGAGGCCAAAGACAAGAAGAUCACAGAGCUGCUGACGGACGUGGAGCGGCUGAAGCAGGCUCUGAACGGCCUGUCCCAGCUGGCGUACACCAGCAACACGCCCAACAAGCGGCAGACGCAGCAGAUGGAGGCGCUGCAGGCCCAGAUCAGGAGCCUGCAGCAGCAGCUGGCUGAUGCUGAGAGGCAGCACCGAGAGGUGGUGUCAAUCUAUCGAACCCACCUCCUCAGCGCCGCUCAGGGUCACAUGGAUGAAGACGUUCAAGCGGCCCUGCUACAAAUCAUCCGCAUGAGACAGGAGUUUGUGUGCUAGCUUCCUGGGAGCCUCUGGGCCUCAUGUCUUAGGUUGUUGGGCUGUAGGUUCAAAGGUCACGCGUGGAUGUCAAUAAAGACACAAUCUGUUUCAUAUCUGUGCAGGAGAAAUAGGAGUUUCAGACAUGAAUGGUACAAUUUUAGUAAAACAGCGUGGUCUCAGUCAUGGCCUCGUACGUGUUGGUGCCUUGUGUCCUCAUCCGGUCGUUGCUCGUGUCCGGUGCCUCAGAGCUCAUAGCUGAGUUGGUCCCUUGGAGUCUGGUGUGUUGCUGUGUCUCAGUUUGCAGUUUGUUGACACCACAGCGUCCUCUAGUGGUGGAACUUGGCAGGCCAAGUCCACAGAGUCCAGUAAGAAGAGAGGCCCAGGGCUCGGCCUUUGACCCCUGAGCUUCUCUUUGUUGAGCGAGUCUCCUGUGCCUUCACUGAUGUGUUUAAUAGCUUUCUACUUGUUUAACUACUUUACUGCAGUGUGACUGUUUAUUAGAACGACUCCCACAGUUCCAUGCAGCAGCUGAGGUGACGAGUUUUAGUUUUUAUACUUUGGUUUCAAACAGGCUGGACAGUGCUUGGCAACACUAAUCCUCUUCUCACCACCUUCUCUCUGAAAAUGUACUAAAGUGAAUCUGUAUUUACACUGUGUACACUGUUUAGACUGGUUGAUAUUUGUGUUGGUGAGUCUCUAAUAUAAAACCAAUAAAAGUGUAUAACAUAGAAAAA